GAGAGAGAGAGAGAGAGAGAGAGAGUGAGCGAGGAGAGGAGGGGAGGUGGUGGUGGUGGUGGUGGUGGUUGCGAAGCGGAGGGCGACGACGCCGAAUCUAGGGUUUUCCGGAGAGAGGGCCAAAUCGAGAUUCCCGCGCCAGAACCCAUCGAUUCCGAAGCGGAGAGGGCAAUCGACGUCCUUGAUUCGAAUUCCCGCGUUCUGAUCUCGCCGAGCCAGUCCGGAUCACCGCCGCUCCUCGCUCGUACGCGGAUCUGUCGACGCCCUUCUGAUCCGUUGCUCAGACUCCACCUCGACCGGAUCCCUGCAGCGUUAAAUUUCUAGAUUGUGGUAGAUUUCCAUUGUAAGAUGGAAUCUGGUGAUGGAAUCGAGCUGGAACUUAAUAAAGGGUCAGUGGAGAAAGCUCCCGAGAACAAUGGAUUCAGUUCACAUAUAAACAAGGAGAAUGAAGUUAUUGAGAAUGGUGCUGAUGCUGUUCAUGCCGAUGGUGGUUCCGAAGGUGCGUCAAAGGUUGAAGUCAUCAAUUCUGCCGGGGACAAGGAUGGAGACACUGUAUCUGCCACCGAGAACAAAGCAUCUAAUCCUUCCAAGAAGGGUGAAGCUGAUGUUAAUAAUCGAUCGAGGAAGACACAGAAAAGUCCUCGUGUUCUGAAUGGUUCCGCCAUUGAAUCUCAGAAGAAAAAGAAUGUUCUGUCACAGAGUGUCUCAUUUCCUUCUAGAGGGUCUCUUGCUAAUAAUUUCCGCUCAAUUACAACUUCUACAAGGCAGACUAAAGUUGCAUCAUUAAUUACAAAUGGUACAGUCUCUUCUUUCUUCGUGUUCUGUUAUUUCAACAAAUUACCUUUUCCCCUGCUAAAUGUUACAAUCGGACCCUUAGGUGAUCUUGCUGCCAAGCUUUCUGCUUUGACUGCUGUACCAAGUGUUCGGAGAACAUCUGUGAGUCUGAAGACUGGUUCUGCCGAGGCAAAUGGCACUUCUGCCGAAUCUGCCCAGUCAAAUGGUAGUAAAACAAAGCCCUUGAAACAUGCAUUGCCAGCAAAAAAGGAUGAUGAUACCCACUCCACAGCCUCAAGUUCAACACCACAUGCAAGAAAGAGUAUUGGCAAUGCUUUUAAUUUUAGGUUGGAUGAGCGUGCUGAGAAACGUAAAGAGUUUUUUACGAAACUUGAAGAGAAGAAUCAUGCAAAGGAACUGGAAAAGACUAACUUGCAGGCAAAAUCUAAGGAGAGUCAAGAGGCUGAGAUCAGACAGCUGAGAAAGAGCUUGACCUUUAAAGCCACUCCAAUGCCAACCUUUUAUCAGGAACCUGGUCCUCCUAAAGUUGAAUUAAAGAAGGUCCCACCAACACGUGCAAGGUCGCCAAAGCUUGGGCGUCGGAAGCCAUCUGUUACUGCUGCAGACGGUCCCUCAGAAGCUGGCAACACUCGUGAGGGCCCACACCCUAUAUCCAGUUUAACCAAACCGAAUGAGGGUUCAGAAAGCAGCAAGGGGAAUGCAAUAGCUUCAAAGAACUCAAAGAAAAAGUCUCUUGCAAAACUUCCAUCACAAAAGUUAAAGACCACCAAACUCGACUCAGAAUCAGUUAUGACGCCCAAAACCGAGGAGAUCAAUGCAGGAAACAGCGAUAACAGACCAACAGAAGUCUCUGCCGAAACAAACACCGAAGCGGAACUAGCAUCUGCCGAUGACAGAGUUGAGGAAAAUAAAACAAUUGCUAAUCUUCUAGAAACUGAUAUCGGACCCAGUGAAGUUUCGGUACAAGGUUAAAACACAAGCCUACCGUCCUAUGUAUUAGUCUUUGUGUCCUUUUUGUGAAUAGAAUUCGUGCUGCUUGGAGAGUAUGCUGCUGCUGCUUUAUGUUUGCGCAUUUUCUUGGUCUGAAGUAGAUAUUGUUUUGUGAGACAUUAUUAGGUCAUGUAUAUUUGUCCAACUCUUUUGCAGUUUGAUCUAUGGUAACCCUCGUCCAAUGAACCAA